GGGAAACCUCAGGGCCUGCUGAGCAGGGGACCGGGGACUCGGAGACUGGAGGGGAUGCCUCCCUGGCAGAUGCCAGUGCUGCCUUGGAGACUGAAUCUUCCAGUGGGAAGGAUGCAUUGGAAGGCGUUGGGGACAACUCUGAAGUUUUGGAUACUCAGACCGGCUCAGUCGAUGAAGAGAAUGGACGGCAACUGGGAGAGAUUGAGCUGCAGUGUGGGAUUUGUACCAAAUGGUUCACCGCGGAGACGUUUGGUAUUGAUACAACAUCCUGCUUGCCUUUUAUGACCAACUACAGUUUUCAUUGCAACAUUUGCCAUCACAGUGGAAAUACAUAUUUCUUAAGAAAACAAGCAAAUCUGAAGGAAAUGUGUCUUAGUGCCCUGGCCAACUUAACUUGGCAGUCAAGGACCCAAGAUGAACACCCAAAGACAAUGUUCUCCAAAGACAAGGAUAUUAUACCAUUUAUUGAUAAGUAUUGGGAGUGUAUGACAACAAGGCAGAGACCGGGGAAAAUGACGUGGCCAAAUAAUAUUGUGAAGACAAUGUGUAAAGAAAGGGACGUAUUUCUGGUGAAAGAACAUCCGGAUCCAGGGAGCAAAGAUCCAGAGGAGGAUUACCCCAAAUUCGGACUCCUAGACCAGGACCUUGCUAAUAUUGGCCCUGCAUACGAUAACCAGAAACAAAGCAGUACAGUGUCGACAAGUGGGAAUCUAAAUGGUGGAGCCUCUUUGGGAGGGGGUCUUGUUGCCGGAAGUAGCGGGAAAGGAAGAGGAGCAAAACGCAAACAGCAAGAUGGAGGAACCACGGGAACAGCCAAGAAAACCAGGAGCGACCCCUUGUUCUCCGCUCAGCGUCUCCCACCUCACGGCUACCCGUUGGAGCAUCCCUUUAACAAAGAUGGAUAUCGUUAUAUUUUGGCUGAGCCAGAUCCCCACGCACCUGACCCGGAGAAGCUGGAACUAGACUGCUGGGCAGGCAAGCCUAUUCCCGGAGACCUCUACCGAGCUUGUCUGUAUGAACGAGUGCUUCUAGCUCUGCACGACCGAGCUCCUCAGCUGAAAAUUUCGGACGACAGGCUGACCGUCAUCGGAGAGAAGGGCUACUCCAUGGUUAGAGCCUCACACGGGGUGCGGAAGGGAGCCUGGUACUUUGAGAUCUCUGUGGACGAGAUGCCUGCGGAAACAGCUUCCAGGCUCGGGUGGUCUCAGCCGCUAGGAAAUCUGCAGGCUCCCCUGGGGUAUGACAAGUUCAGCUAUUCGUGGCGGAGCAAGAAAGGCACCAAGUUCCACCAGUCCAUUGGCAAACAUUAUUCAUCCAGCUAUGGCCAAGGCGACGUGCUUGGUUUCUAUAUUAGCCUUCCCGAAGACACAGAAACCGCCAAAUCCCUGCCUGAUACCUAUAAAGAUAAGGCACUGAUCAAAUUCAAAAGCUACCUGUACUUUGAAGAGAAGGACUUUGUGGAUAAAGCGGAGAAAAGUUUAAAGCAAGCUUCUGGAAGCCAAAUAAUUUUCUACAAAAACGGUGCCAGCCAAGGAGUUGCAUACAAAGAUAUUUUUGAAGGCGUUUAUUUCCCCGCUGUCUCUUUGUACAAAGGCUGCACGGUUUCUAUAAACUUCGGGCCCUACUUCAAAUACCCUCCAAGAGAUGUCACUUACCGUCCGAUCAGCGACAUGGGCUGGGUCGCCGUGGUAGAGCACACUCUGGCAGACGUCCUUUAUCACGUGGAAACGGAGGUUGAUGGGCGUCGGAGCCCCCCUUGGGAGCCUUGAGAGACAUU